CGAAAAUUACAAGAAAAAAAUGAAUAAUAUCGUGGAAUUCACUGUUCUUGUGGGUGACGAGGUCAUAACGCUAUUUCUUGACAGUGAAACUGUCGGAAGAGCGUCAACAGCAAAUCGACGAUACUUUUAAAAAAAAUGCAAAUACAUCUGCUAAGUCGUCUGCUGAAUCAGACGAAAGUCUUGAUGCAAACAGUUCGAAAGAUACAUCAGAGAAAAAUUUCACAUGGCCAGAUCGUGCAGUAUUUUUACUUCUUGAUCUGUACCGAGAGAGGGAAGAAGAAUUUUCGUUGUCAUUUAAGCGACACAAAGUUUUGUGGAGGGAAAUUGCUGAGAAAAUGAAGGAGACGAACAACAAUUACAAUUUAACAGGGCAGCAGUGUUCAAAUAAACUAUCAGGCCUGAAGCGCACGUACAGAAGUAUUUGUGAUCAAAAUAAACGAAGCGGUAAUUGUCGAAGUUCAUGGGCUUUUUUUUCGGUGAUGGAUUCCAUAUUUGGGAACAAAGCAUGCACAAAACCUCUUUCUGAGGCAUCGAGUGAUGGUCCAACUGAAUCCACACAAUCGACCACAAACGCUAUAUCGCCUGUGUCACCAUCAUCAAGUGAUGUCCGUCAAAAUCCAAUGAAGAAAAGAAAAGUCGAAGUUAUCCUAGAAAAUUACAUGGAAGAAAUUUGUCAAGAGAGAGAGAGCAAGAAGAAAGAGCGGUUUGAAGAAAAUCUACUUCACGAACAAAAAAGAGAAGCAAGAUACGAAAAAGAAAGACUUGAACGUGCAAAAAUGCAUGAAGAGAAAAUGGAAGUAGACAGGGCAUUAAUAGAUAUUUUACAAAAAUUUAUUAACAAGUAA